AUGGGGGACUCGGAGGGCGAGACUCUGCGGGGCACGUUCCCCAGCUUCAUGGCCGAAGGGCUGAUGCUGAGCCGGCGCGGGGAGCUGGCCAAAGCCCUGAACUGCUAUAGCUACGCCUUGCAGCUCCAGGCAGGGGACAGGAACUGUCUCGUUGCCCGUUCAAAAUGCUACCUGAGACUCGGAGAUACAGAAAAUGCUCUGAAGGAUGCAGAGGCCUCCCUGCAAAAUGACAAAGAGUUUACCAAGGGUCUAUACCAGAAAGCAGAAGCACUGUACACCAUGGGGGACUUCGAAUUUGCCUUGGUCUAUUACCAUCGAGGCUACAGGCUUCGCGCAGAGCGGCAGAAAUUCAAGCUGGGUAUUCAGAAAUGUCAAGAGGCCAUUGAAAACUCAGUUGGAAGCCCUUCUUCUGUGAAACUGGAGAAUAGAGGGGACCUCUGCUUUCUGAGCCGCCAGGCGGAGAGCAAAAAAGCAAAACAGAAGCUUCAGGUCAAAUUCCCCCAAAAGAACGCCAGGUACGGAAGUCGACAACAGGAGCCUGUGCGGAACGAGAAGACGGAACGUCAACUCCUCGGGGAGCUCUACGUCGAUAAAGCUUUCCUGGAGAAACUGCUCAAGGAUGAAGACUUGACCAAAAGCACCACAAAGCAAGGAGUCACCGUUGGGGCUAUGAUCCAGGAAGGCCUUUCCUACCUGGACACGCGCACCGACUUCUGGCAGCAGCAGAAGCCCAUCUACGCCCGGAUCAGAGACCGCAAGCUCGUGCUGAAGAGGUGGACUCGGGAACAAAAGCGGAAGCCCUCGGAGGUGGCCCGAUACAUCCUCAAGAGCAUGGAGGAGAUCGAUAUGCUGCUGACAAGCGGCUGUCCCGAGCGGAGCUGCCACAAGGCCGAACAAGUGCUGAAAAAGAUCCAGGGCUGGUCUGACGAUGAGAUCCCAAACAGAAGCGAGCUGCUGGGAAACCUCUACAGCUGCAUCGGGAAUGCCCAGAUUGAGAUGGGGCACAUGGGGGCAGCGCUGCAGAGCCACCGGCUGGAUCUGGACAUCGCCAGGGAAAACAACCUGACCGACACCAUCUCCAGGGCCCUGGACAAUAUCGGCAGGGUGUACGCCCGCAUGGGUAGUUUCCAGGAAGCCAUCGACACGUGGGAAGAGAAGAUUCCACUUGCAAAGAGCAACCUGGAGAAGACUUGGCUGUUCCAUGAAAUCGGCAGGUGCUACCUGGAGAUCGACAAAGCAGCAGAGGCGCGGGGCUACGGGGAGAGAUCCUUGGCCUGCGCAGAGGAGGAGGGAGACAUCGAGUGGCAGCUGAAUGCUGGCGUCUUGGUGGCACAAGCACAAGUGAAACUGGAGGACUACCAGUCGGCGGUCCUGUACUUUGAGAAGGCCCUGGAGAAGGCGAAGCGCAUCCACAACGACGUGGCUCAGCAGGCCAUCAUCAUCGCCCUGGACGAAGCCAACAAAGGGUUCAUCAAGGACCUGAAAGAAGAACGGCGCCUGGAGAGGCUGCGCGAACUGAGAGGCGAGUCCGCCUCGCGCGCCGCAGUACCAGGCAGGGACGAAGGGGGCGUGGCCGGCGGAGUGUCUCAAAAGGGGGUGCGCGCGGGGUCCGGGCAGCCAAACGUGGAGAUAAACGACGGCUGCCGGCGCCGCGCCUGA